CAAUUAAAAAAGAAAAAGUAAAGAGGACAGUCACCGGCAGCUUUCGUGAAAGAGGCAUUUUCGGGAUACGGGAGUUCCUUGAAACACCUGUUACCUGCCUGCAUUCCUCCUUCAUUCCUGCUUAAUUAAUCACCUGUUGACCUUGCCUGGAAUCCACCUGACCCUAUGAGACCCAGGCAGCUCAUUCCACCCCACCAGAGGUACUGUAAAGGGGUAUUUCCCCUCAUAUAAGGGAGGUGAUCAUCAGGUGGUGCAGGUGACAGGCUGGUGGUCACCAGGCCUGCAUCACAGCUUGCUUCAUGCCUCCUGAUGUGAAAGAAUAGCCCCUUGGGAAUAUAAUAAAAGCCAUGGCUCGAUUUUCUGUUUGCUGCAAACGAAGAGUGACCAAGAAGCAGCUGCUGCUGACCUUCGUGAUGGGAGUGGUGCUGUACAACGAGUGGCUCACCUAUGCCGCCACCACCCUCACCUGGCCGCACCUCACCGCUCCUUCAGAGGAUAGCGUGCGCCUCCUCCUGGUGGCCGACCCUCAGAUAUUGAGCUUGGUUUCAGACUCUGAGCCCAUAUUCCCUCUCAGUUUGAUAACUAUUUGGGAUGCUGACAGGUAUGUUAGCCGUGGUUUUCAAAUGGCACUGUGGAAGACAAAACCUGAUAUUGUUGUGUUUUUAGGUGACCUCUUAAAUGAUGGAAGCAUAUUUAAUGACACAGAUUUUUACUCAACACUUCAGCACUUUAAAAAUCUUAUGACUGUGCCAGACUAUGUUCAGCACAUCAUCGCUGUGCCGGGGGACAAUGACAUCGGAGGGGAAGGAAACGACUUGGUGACCCCUCACAAAGUGAAGCGGUUUUACUCCUUCCUCAACCAAAGCAUGACACUGCAGUACAAAUUUGUGGACUUCAUCCAGCUGCGGGCCAUGGAUGACUAUGAGUUCCCUGACAACACGCUGGCACCAGUGAAUGGAAGAAUUCGCAUCCUUCUGUCACACAUGCCUCUCUUGACCAGAACAAAGAAGAGGAUAAGACUGGAAAUCAUCAAACAGAAAGCCUCCUUCAUAUUCUCUGGGCACGAUCACGACUCCUUUCACUUCACUUCCACCAAGCAUGCAGCUCACGCCCAUGGCUUUGAGGUCCUCCCAAAGGAGAAGCAGAGGUGGCAGUAUGAAUCUCUGGGCCCUCUGCUGCACGAAAUAUCAGUGCCUACUUGCUCCUACAGGAUGGGUAAAUUGACUGCUGGCUAUGGUGCAGCUGUUAUUGAAAAGUCCGGGAGAAUCACCUACACCGUGUUGUGGCUUCCUUCGCGCUUCACACAGCUGUGGAUUUACCUGGGUGCCCUUGGCCUUAUUAUUUUUAUUAUGCUGUUACCAGGUAUUCUAUGUCUCCUCAGAUGUUUUCUUUGUAAACCUGUACAAUUCUGUGUUCUUACAUCCACCAUGAUUGUCCAGGGUCUUAAAAAAAGAUACAAGUGGUUAUUAAGAAAAGGUUAAGUAGAGAUAGGCUAUAAAAGAUGGAUAAGAGACAGCCAUGAAGCCUAAACUCUCUCAGAAUAUCUCACACUCACUGACCACAUUCUACUUAACACCAUCAUCAUCCCUAGCACUGUUUCUUGCAGUGAACUGAGGCAGCAGGCAGAGUAGGAGGAGAGUGCCAAUUGAGAAAAUAAGGCUCAUCUAUUGAAAGGGCACCACAUGUCCUUCUUAUAAACCAACCCACCUAACACUCUUCUGAAUGAAUGUUGCUCCUCUACACUUAAAACUUCAGGUGACUUCAUUUAUCUGUGAAGGUAAUGAGGUAUGCUUGUCUGUCAGCUUGUAUCACUCUUCCUGCCUUUUUUAUUAAGUUUUCUUUCACUUUUAUAUCUUUGUUACAUUAACCUUUUCACUGUGAUGUAUAGAAUUUAGAGCAUUGAAGGCAAUGUAAAACUUUUUUAUAAGCAUUACGAGAAAGUGAAAAGAAAGGAACAAAAAUUUUUUUUUUCUAUAUCUAGACAGUACAAUGUAAUCAGGAAAGAUAGCAAAAGUUAGUUCAGUUUCAGAGGAAAUCCAGAAGAGAUUAGAAUAGAAUGGUAUUGAUACAUUAAGUGAAAGAUUCCAGUAUGUAGGACAAGAUCACAGGAACUAAAUGUAAUUAUUGGAGUUGAUAAGGCAGGCUGGGAAAUGGGUGAAAGGACUGCAGUUUGACUUGAGCAUUAGAGGUGAAAGACAGAUUUGUGGAGAAGACAAGCAAGAACCAGCGUUAUGAAUGUCAGGAAAGCUGCUGGAAAAGAAGACAAUUUAAUGGUUUGAAUUAGCUAUAGAACAAAAAUACCUCAGUGUUUUACGAAUAAUGAUAAGAAUUUUGACAAGAAGAGAUGGAAGGUAGUUUUAUGAAGACAAGACAAACAAGAACCAGCUGUUUAUGAACAUGGGGGAAAAAAGGAAAAGAAGACAGUAUAGCAUUUAGAACAAAGAAUUCUCUCAGUUCUUUGUGGGUAUGUAGUGAUAUCAAGAGCAGUGAAAAGGCUAAUACAGUGCAUGUAUGUUGACUUUUCAAUGGACAUAUUCCCUAUGCCUGAAUUAACCUGGAUUUCAUGUGACAGCUGAGUGAGUAAUGUGUUGAUUUACGUGCUGGCAAAUUAUCUUCCAUCUUGCUUUGCUGAGUCUUAACUUUUGGUCACAUUGGUGAGAUAUGAAGGAAAAACAUGCAUACACUUGUAACAUUAUGGUCUUUUGCUUAACAUUAUGUCAUAACUGCUUUCUAUUUUGGUCUUUUUUUCUGCCUUCUGCUACCUUCUUACAUAUGUUUAGUUUUCUUGGCACAACAAAACUGCAGUAAAGGUCACAAGUGUCAGUUUGUU